AUGUUUAUCUUGAUAAUAUUGAUCUCCAUUUUGUGUGCGGUCUUCGUUUUAUACCAGUAAGUUGGGUUUUCUUUAUUUUUGGGGGAUUAGAGGGCGAAAAUGGGAUUGUUUUGGGGAAAUUGUGGAGUUUGGAGAAAAACUUUGAUGAUAAAUGGUAAAAUACGAGUGUGCGACUGAUUUUUAUGGAUGAUUUGGGGGGUGUCAUUUAAUUUGAAGGACCCCUUGAGUCUAAUUCCUCAAUUUUUCAGCUAUCUCAAUAACUUUUUAUCCAUUUUCCUGGCCCGAAUCCUGAAAUGCGAGGAAUGCCGGCUGUCGGAGAUCCAACUCCGACGAAUUGGACGGAUAAAACUAAGAUUCGGGGACUUUACCCUGGACCUGAGCGAUGUGAAGCUGUCCUCGAGCUUCUGGAAUCCAGAACUCACUAAACCUUUCUAUGUUCAAAUUGGAGACCUGCGAGUGGAAAAACGGUCAAAAGAAGGGUAAGGUUGCCGAGUUUUGGAGCUGUUGUGGGUUAUUUAUGUCAAAUGGAGUCGGUCUUAAUGUACUGUGUUUGUUUUGACAUUAUCUUGGCUUUAACUUGCUGUUUUGAGCGACUUUUUAUGUUACACUUGAUAUUAAUAAAAAUUUUUUUAUUUCAGCUCUCCCAAGAAGUCGAAUGUUCCGGAUGUAGCCUCGACAAACCAGUCCAGGUCCGCAGAGUCCCAGAAACUCUCCCGAUUAUGGCAUUGGCUGCAAUACUUUGGCUGUCAAGUUGGCUCCGCCCACUUUGCCCUUCUGGAUGAUCCCUCGGAUCUGAUGGUCCACUUCUCGGCGGAAAAUCUGAUAUUGGAGACGUUCCGAGAUCGCUCCGGCCUCCAAUUGGAACUGCAAUUUGUUUUGGCUCAGCUGAAACUGUUCAAAAGAUCCAAUCAUAACCAUGUUAGCUUAGCCGACAUCCAAUUAACUGGGCAUUUGAGCGUCGAUAUAGCUGAAACGGAGGGAAGACUGAAGAAAAUAGGCAUAUCAAUGAAACAGCCGAAGAUUAGCGUGUCUGACAGUAAGUUUUGAAGGAUGAAUGGGCCUAAACUUAUAUUAAUUUUGGUGGUUUUUUAUUGAAAUUUGAUGGUUUUAAUUUUAAUUUUUGCCUUUUCAGUACUCUUUGAGUAUGUCCUCGAACAUCCACAGAUUUUCCAACGGAGUUCGGCCAAGAAAUCGGGGGAUUCAGCCCUCACAAGACUGCUUUCAUCCCCUCCAAACAUUGAACUUGAUCUGACCGACUUUGUUUUUGAAUUCCUGGCCGUUCAGACCCCGGAAUCGAUAAGGACUUUAAGCGUAAAUCUGGCGAAGGUCACGGCCGAAUUCUCGGCGGCUGAUGGAAACGCGGUUGUGAAGUUCAACGACCUCCAAAUCACGGAUCUUGAAGCGUUCAGUCGAUUUGAAUGUCAUCAGUUCUCAUCGGUCCUGAAAAGUCAUUCCAAAAGUAUUGAGGAAGAUGAAGGAGCGAAUAAGAAGCCAACUACGGUGGAAUUUAAGGCCACCAGACCGAGAAUUGAGCUGUACAAGUAAGGGGGAUAUACUUUUGGUAUUAUUUUAGUAUUUUUUUGCAAUUUGAGGGUGGUUUUUGAAACUGAAGAGUCUGAAAUGGCCUAAAAUUGUAAAAUACGAGUGAUAAACAAAGUAUCAGUCAAAUAAUCAGCGAAAUUUUUUGGAAAUUCGCAGUUUCUGACCUUAUUUUAGUCAUAGGUGGUCAAAAUUUUUAAAUCCGUGAUUUCGACCAUAUUUCAGACACGACUUGGCAUGGUGGAUGGAUUAUUGUCGCAAUCAACCUAUUGAUCAACUAAUCUCAGUGUUCAAGAAGGAGAGACAACCAGUAGAAGAGAGUCGUAGCAAGGAAUCGACUGAAAGGCCUUCGAUCAACCUGAACUUGGAAAUCAGCGAAUUCCAAUGCAUUCUGAGGACGAGAAAGGGCGCCCUUUUGUCUGUGGCAUCAGAUUUGAUCGUCUUUGCAUCUGAUUCGGUAGAGUUUUUUUAUUCACUACAAAUUUUUUUCAUUUUUCGAAAAAUUUUGGUGAUUUCAAGUUUAUGAUUUAAAAAAAUUUUCGUUUCAGACCUUCAGGAACGCAGAAUUUGGAGUUGAAUCGUUGUGGUGCCAUCGCGGAACGGCCGCCGACUUCCCCACAAGACAGCCGGCCUUUGAUCAACAUCAUUUCGGCACAGUUGUGGCCAUGGGAGGUGGUCUAGCACAAAUUCAACGGUCGUCCGAAAAGAAAAUUCAAGUACAUUGCCAACUGGACGAAUGCCAAUUCGAAUGGGAGGAGUCGACAAUGCGGCAGAUUGUGGAAUUCGCGAAAUUAUUUCGAAGAAAAGAGAAUGUGGAGAAUGAGGAGGAUUUAGAGAAGAAGAAGGAAUCGAAAAUCGAAAUUUUGAUUCAAGUAUCGGCCAAAAAGUAAGAGUUUUUUGAUUGCAGUUUGAGUUUUAGGAUCUGGGAAAAGAGUUAGUAGAAUUUUGGAGCAUAAAAUUGACUGUAAAUACAUUUUUAAGACGAUUUUUAUAUUUUAGGUUAGCUCUUUUCUUCACCGCCAAAAAGUCGGCCUUAAUUGCCUUGUGGCUGGAAAGUCUGCGCCUCACAAUUGCCGCCCCUGCCCUCAGAAUUCACGCAACCGCCUCCAAAUGCAAAUUGGGAACUGCGCAAUUGGACCCGAAUUCCCAUCGCUCAAUACAUUGCGAAUGGUGGAAGAGCUCAGGAAGAAGUGGCGAACCGAAAGCCAAAAACCAUGGCAAUUGCGACAAAAUUGCAUUCAAAUACCAGAAAGGCGGCUCAUCACUCCCGUCGAAGUUCACUAUCGAAGCGGAAGCUGAUCUGGACUUGUGCUGGUCCACUUUGGGAUAUGCAGUGUUGUAUGAGGUCAUAAAGUAAGAUUUUUGAAUUUUAAUGGGGAGUUGAUGCAAAAAUAGUACAAAAUGAGUGUUAUGAGAGUAACUGGGACUCAAGGGAGAGAGUAAAAGAGGCGUUGGUGGUAUUAGCGGCAUCGAGAAAGAGUUGACACAAUUUUUGUGGAGUUGGGUCAUGUCUUCCUCUAUGCUGGGAUUUGGUACGGUACUGAUGUGUAAUAUUAAGUAGUGAUUGUUGAGUCCCAGUUUAGGCUUGAUCAGGGAUUUUACGCUCGUUUUUAUCCAUGACAGCGUUUUCUUCGCCAAGUUGGAGUAAAUCAAUAUUGUUUUAGUUGAAAUAUCCACUUUCCAGAAAAUCUCGUGAGAUGCUCCAAGCAUUCAAGUCCUCAAACCCUCCAGAGCCAAGUCCGCCCAUGGAGAUUCGAAUCAAAUCAGAAUACUCGGUUGAAUUGGGCUUCGAACUGCCCAGAGAACAUUUCAUGAGAUGGGUCGUCCCUUCAUUGAACUUCCACCGAGCCAAUGGAGAUAUUGCUGUAAAUUCCCCAAAUUUCAUUAUCGAAUUGGAUUCACAGAUUAUUUUGACAGUUGAGGUAGGAUUUUGGAGAUAUUUUUUAUUAAGAUGUUAUUGUUCGUUUUUGCAGGAGAUAUCGAUCGAGAGACGCCAACUUAACGCAAUAAUGGACUUGGGACGUAAGGAAUUCAAACAACUCGGUUUGAGGACAAAUAAAUGCUGGUCUUGGUCGGCCCAAGCCCUCCAUAUUCUGUUCCCUUAUCAAUUCGACUUUGCAAAAGUAUUUGAAGAGGUUCUAAACGCCGUAAAAUGGAUGAAAUUGCUCCACAAUGUGCAAAAGAAACCAUUCUCGGCGGAUUCUCCGUUACCGUCGGACCUGAGGAUAUCUAUAAAGGUAGUGCAAUAUAUUUGAUGAUUGUUCGGUGAGCCUUGCAAGUCGAAUUUUGGGUUGUCUUUAACUGGCAUUGUGUGAAUACUAAAAUCGUUCAAGAUGUUGCUUACCGUUAUUUUUCGCUUCUUCUAAUAAGCAAACGGUUGACUCAAAUUGAGUGUCUUCCUCUUACGAAGGAUGUUACUUUUUGCGCAAGGUAUCUUUCAAACAGGACCGAGUGAUCUCAAAAAUGCAUAAGUGAUCAUGAACCUAAUUUCAAUACGUGUUUACAUGAGAAAACGGACCACAAAGUUAUCCCAACCGCGAGAAUAGACCCCUCAAAAGAAAGCGUUUGGGACAACUUUACGGUCCAUUUUUUUCAACCGGCAAGGACUGGAAGCACUCAUUGAAGUCAGACUCAUGAUCACUUAUGCCACCUUUUUGAGAUCCAUUCGGUCCUGUUGCGAAAAAAGUUACUUUGCGUUGUGAGAGGAAGACUUGACUCAGUGUCGACUGUUCUCCUAGACUCGGAAAUAGUCCAAAACACAGAGGAACUGGUGGAUCUGAUAGAGCAGGGAAUUUAUUGGCGUUAUAGACUCCUUUUGAAUCAUAUUUUCUUUAGGAAGCAACCCUCAAAAUGGGCGAUGACCCCUUUGAAAUUAACCUGCAAUUGAUCUACGAAGUCCUGAAAGAUGAGGUUGUGGAAAGAGAAAGACGUCGACAGAUGCUCGAUCAGAAGUUGGAGCAACUCAUGAAGGAAAAUCUGCUUCUAUCCGAUGCCAAAGUCGACGCCUUGUACCAUUCUUUGACCAAAAAGGACGAGCAAAUCUACUGCGAAAGGAUAAAUAAGGUCCAAAAACAACCAAAACGAAAUCUAAUGACUUGGAAAAUCAAAGAUUUGGAGCUGAAGGUAAUUGGUUUUGCUAUUGAAAAAUACUGGGAGCUGUGGUGAUGUUUAAAUAUAUUUCUUUGCGAUAUUAUUUUAGAUGUUGUAGAUGAUUUUUAUGUAGAUUUUGAAGAAAUAAUAGAUGUGAAAUUAGCCUGAUUCUUGUGUUUCAGGCUUUUGCGGACAAGAAUCUGCAUGGAAAACAAAAUGUGAUGAGACUGAUGCGUCAAUUCAACCCGGAGGCGCCGGUUCCCGAGAAUUUCGAAUUCUCGACCCUCUGGGCAAGAUGCUUCGAAUUCGACCUGGCCGAGUGGAUCAUGGAGUUCCGCGACUACCCAUUACCCUACAUGGAACUCAAGGACGCCCAUUUCUGGGGCACCCUCUGCGGAGCCGAGCAUUUGGCCGGCUUCAGAUCCAUGCGGGAAGCUACAGUAACCCUCCCCGAACCAUGGGGCCAAUUCAAAGUCCAACGGAAUAUGUGCCCACUGAAAUUCUACUUUGAUAUUGAGAGCGGUGAGUUGAUAUUUUUGGGGGUUUCUAUGGAGCUUUGAGAGUGUUCAUGUUUUCGUGUCGGUACCAAAUUUUUUUUUUUAAUUUUAAUGUUUUAGAAAUCACCGAUCUCCGCACAACCUAUGGACCUUGUUGGGAGCCCUGCUUGUCGAUGAUCUCGCUGUGCUGGCGGUACAUCAACGCCCCUUCCCGCGAUCCGUCGCCUCCUUUGUCUUUUUGGGAUAAAAUACGGUUGUUGUUGCAUGGACGAUUUACCGCCCUGAUGAAACGACUCUGCACUUCAAUGUUGGCCUCUCCAGACCCUUAUAAUGACACGGAACUGGUGGAAAUGUCAUGGGAAAACUUUGAAUUCGACUGGGUCACUGGUAAGUGUAAUAUAAAAAAGUCGUGUUUUAGGCUAAAAAUAGGAAGAUUGAGGGUUUAAACGGUUGAAAUUGAAAUAAACGGUAGUUUUGUGCAUAUGGGAAAAGAUGUUACCUCACUUUUUCAAAAUAUGUUUACCUUAUUUUUUAGGCCAAUUUCGGGUCCACACAGAUCUCGAUGCCUACAUCAGAACAGCCUCCAAAUAUGAUGACAGCCGACUUCUCCACCUCCCAAACCUUAAACUGAUGAUCAUGCUGGACUGGGCAUGCCUCUCGGAUCAACAUGACCAUCACAAUGUAACGCCGAUUGCUCCGAAUAAGCUUCCGGAUUACGUAACAAUCGGUGGCCAUGACUCCUAUCGCGCCUUCCGCUCGGAACACGUCGACAUUCAGCUCCAAUUGGAGGCCGUUCAAAGCCCCGACCCCAGGAAUUCCCCGCAAAUAUUACUUUAUGCGAAUACAUUCAGGUGGUUGGACUUUAUGAAGAACACAUUGACUAUGGUCAAUCGGCCUGUAAAACGAGGAAAGGUCUUCAACGAACCUAUUGUGAAACGACAUCAACUCAGCAGGCAUUUUCGGUCGGUGUUUUGGCGGUUUUAUGCAUAAAGGAAGACUUGACCCGGUUUGGGUCAAGUUUUUCUUCAAUAUGGGAAAUGCUGUAUAAUGAUCGGAAUUUCAGAAAUAUCCAUCUGAAUGUGACCCUGCCUCGGUUUUUAAUAUCGUACUGGAUGUCUUUCUCGUCCUCAUUCGGAUUCCGAAUGAUUUCCGAAGGCCUCCGCCUGACCUCUUCCUUGGUCAUGAACUCGGCGCCAGCAUCUCCGGAACAGAUCAAACGUCGAAACCGAAGAGCAGUCAAGGCGAAUCAUGUAUCGGUGCAACUGGAAAAGGCUCAGAUCCAUUUGUUUGGAGAAAAAAGUCAGCCCAGCCAAGACGAUCGACUGACCGAUGAUCACGCGGAUUCGUUCUUCAUGGGCUUGUCGAGGCUGAAUUAUGUCAGAGAAAGCGAAACGGAACAGAGCAAGGUUUGUUUUUCAUUUUUUAUAAGGAUUGGACACAGUUUUGUAUCGAGAGAAAGACUUGACUCAUGUUGUGUCAAGUGUUCCUCUUGUUAUGAAAUGGUUCGUAAAGUAAUACCAUGGUAAAAAUACGGAUGUAAGAAAUAAUUUUUGCAGCUAACGCCUCUUCCAAAGCAUCGCCGGACCGCUUCCUUGACGGCAAAACUCCAAAAUGCGGCCGGCCGAACCCCGGAUCAGUCCAAGUCCAACACAAAUCAAAACGAACAGAAUGCCGACAAACCAGCUGUCCAUCGACUUACAAUACAUGAUUUGCGUGGAGCUUGGACCACCGAGAAUCGAGACGCUUGCUUGGCCAUUAUGGAUGGGGUUCAGAAGGCUUACUUAUUGAGGAAAGUCCUCAGUAAUGUCGCCAUGAAGAUGUUUAGUGUAAGUUUUUUUUGGUUUUGGUCAUUGGUGACAGGUUUUGGGAUGAUUUGAAGCUGAGAUUUUAAAUUUUGAACGAAUUGAAAGUUUUCGUGGCGAGACCGAAUUUCGAUUUUUUGAAGAAUUCGGAAUAUUUAGUUGAAUUUUAAAGUUAGAAUAGAAAUAUUGGGCGUUUACAUCUAUGGAGGUUGAGUUUAGCCAAUAAAAUAUUAAUUUUUCAGUUUGAUUCGCCUCAGCAAAAUCAACAAACCAAACAACGUCAAGCCUUUGUUGAGAGAGUGAUGGAGCGUCGAGAAUCAAAAUUGUAAGUUGUUAACUAUGAAAUUAUUUAGUAAUUUUAUUUUGAGUUUGAAUGUAUGUGGUUAUUUCGGACAUAGAGAAACACUUGACUCAAAAUUUUUUUUCUUCGGAUUGAUGAUUUUUGUCGCAUAAUUUUGAAGAAAAAAUUCAGAUUUUAUUGUAAAAUACGAUAGGAACUCGGAAUACGUAAUUUUUUCAGAUCCGAUAUCAAUUCCCCGGAGAAGGCACCAACAACUUCAGAGACCCUAGUGGAAGAUGAAUCCGAAGAGCUGCUGUGGAAACUGAUCAAUGAAGCCGAAACGAAUCUAAUGGCAUACUCCGAGGACACUGUGGAACCGCCCACAAACUCGCUCCUUGGAGUUUCGCUGUGCGCCAUGGAUGAUGUUGUUUUGAACAACUGGCAGGUGGAUCUGCUCAACUCUCAAGUCGUUUUGAAGGGUGAGGACUGUUGAAUUGGAGAUUAUGAUUGGAUUUGGGGGUUUUUGAAUUUAUUUUAGACCAAAUUAGGAGUUUAUUUUGACGAGGGAAACACUUGACUCAAAAAAUUUAGAUAUUUCUUGGCAUUUUUUAAUCAGCGUUAUUUGCUUUUGAAAUGACCUUGAUACUGUCCUGCGUCAUGAUUCAAGCCGGUUUUCAUGGCUUUGAAUAGUAUAGGUAUUUUUUGGGUCAAGUCUUCCUCUCUUUUUUCUGAAAUUUAUUUGAGCCAAAUUGAAAGUUGUGUGUCUGAACACAUGUUUAAUUAUGAAUUUUAGGCCACGAAACGGACAGUUUCAUCCUGUUAUCAGCCUCCCGCGCCUCAAUUACCCAACGGUAUCAUGUCCCGGUCUGGAGAAAUUCCCAGCUUUUAUUGAAGAGGUCGUAUGCCUCGUUUUUGUCCGGAAUGCAAUACUUUGCACCGUUGACUAUCCAGCAGAAUCAGAAAAUCGAUGUUCCACUAUAUAAGAGGUUCCAAUGGCUGACGAGGGAGAUAAUUGAAGAAAAGGACCCGAGGCAGCCCAAUGACAAGAUAAAUAAUUACUCGAGGAGUGGAGAAGCCGUUGGAGGAGUUGUCACUGGUGAGUUAAUGGGGAGUUUGAGUUGUUGAAAAAGUUUUGGUUAUUUUUUGGGAACGUUUGAAGGGUUUUUACAUUAACAAGGGAUCGGCAAAUAGUUGCACCCUGCUUUCUUAACGAAACAUAUACCGUUUGAAAGAGCAUUAAAAAUAGUGUACAACACAAGAAAAAUUAGCUGCCCAAUAUAUGUUUGGGCAAAGUUAUGGCCGUUUUAUGAUAAGGGUUAUAUGCGGCCAAAACGCCGGUUUCUUAUAUUACAGUAAUCCUGGCGGCUUGAAAUUGUCUCCAUUUUCUUACUAGUAUCCCGAAACGUCUAUCACGGUCGUUUUAUCGCUGUAUCAAUCCUUGGUUAUGAGUUAUUAGACAUUAUAAUGUCGCAUUACUGCCAUUUACAAAAAAUUGUAAAUAAAACUAGGUUAAUGGGAAAACUGGAGCAAAAAAACUUUGAAAAUACAUUUGUAUGAUCGUCGUGGCCAUUUACAAACAAAAAUCUCAAAACCAAAAAUUUUUGAUGUCCUAGCCUUACCGACGGUUAGGCCACUGUGUCAGCAAUAGUGUUUGGCCGCUUUUGUAAUUUUCUCUUCGUAUUUUUUUCGAAAAAAUUAUAUUUAUAGGCCCUUGUAAAUUGAAUUAUCGUCCAGUAAUCAUAAUCGGUCAGGCUAAAGGCAUGACACCCUUGUAAUUAUACGAUAGGAAUCCCCACUCUCAUCACCAUCAAAUUUGUGGUGGUAGCAAAAAAAACCAAAAACUCGAAAAAAUCCCGUAAAAAUGUAUUUUGACUGCGAAGGAACAAAAAUUAUUUUAAAAUAUCAACAUACCAUGGUUUUGUGGCAUAUAAGAGACGAAAUGCAAAAAAGUUUGCAGCGCCCGGCUUCGAAACCAGGACCUGUUUCGCCGGAAGUGAGGUCACUACCACUCGGCCAACUGGACACAACUCUGUUGCCGUUCCAAGAGCUUAUAAAGUGACGCAGAAAAUAGGCUAAAAUCUGUAUUUUGGCCAUAACUUUGCCCAAACAUAUAUUGGGCAGCUAAUUUUUUUUGCGCUGUGCACUAUUUUUUAUGCUCUUUUAAAUGAUAUAGGUUUCGUUAAGAAAGCAGGGUGCAACUAUUUGCCGAUCCCUUGUAAGAGAAAGACUUGACCCAUUCUGGGACAAGUCUCCCUCUCAGCGGAAAUGACAGGAUGAAAGCAAAAAUGUACAGGGUGGGCCACUCGAAACUCCCAACCUCUUUUCAGGUAUUUCUCCGCCAAUAAUGCACCAAUUUCUAUAAAAUUUAUAUCAAAUUGAAGCUGAGACACCCCAUUUCUAGUCCACCAAAUAUGGCCCGUCUAACUUCACGUGGGCACCCGCAUUGACCUUUUAAAUUUUCAUUCCAAAUUUUGGAGCCCGAAAUCGGUGAAACUUAGAAAUUUUUUUGGAAUGAUUUUCAAUUGAGUUUCUCGGACUUAGAAAAUUUUUGGAUUACCGGCAAGAAAAAAGUCGACAAAUUCGCGGAAAAAUUUUUAAAACAUUAAAGUUUACGUCCGUACCGAGUGUGUUAAACCCAUAUUUCAACCAGGCGAGGUACCAAUUUGGGCGAAUGAGAACGAAAGCUGUUUUCUCGGGCAAUCUAAGCCUGGAAUGUUUCUAUGCAUCUUUGGGAUGGAUGUCGUCAUGCAUGUAGACUGUUUCGCCCAUUUUUUAACAUUUCGAAAAAUUUCGAACAAUUAAGCCUAUCGCCCCAGAACACGAAAGCAACGCCUUGAAGAGUAAUUUUGACUAUUCCGUUGACUGCCAUCAUUUUUUCUGUUGCUUAUAAGAGUUUUAUUUAGUCAAAGGCGCGAACAUUUUCCAAUUCCAAGAAACUCAACUGGAAAUCGUUCCAAAAAUUUUCUAAGUUUCACCGAUUUCGGGCUCCAAAAUUUGGAAUGAAAAUGUAAAAGCUCAGUGCGGGUGCCUCCGUGAAGUUAGACGCGCCAUAUUUGGUGGACAAGAAAUGGGGUGUCUCAGCUUCAAUUUGAUAUAAAUUUUAUAGAAAUUGGUGCAUCAUUGGCGGAGAAAUACCUAAAAAGAGGUUGGGAGUUUCGAGUGGCCCACCCUGUAUUAUGGAAAAGGGUUUAGAGGUUGAUUGGAGAAGAAAUAAUUGAAUUUUUCGUUUGAUUAUAAUUUUCUUCGCCUUUCCAGCUCCUCUCGAACGCCGUCAAGGAGAAGAUGAAAGUGACUCGAAUUCCCUUCAUUCCACAGUUCAAAUGCAACGAGUAGCAUCGAGGUGCAGUUGUCAAAUGUUCUUCUGUUAUUAUUCGGAUCUCAUCAACAUGGAAAAGUUCGAAGAUUUCGUUGUUCCGCAGAUUACCGAGGAAAAAGAGGCCAAGUUUGGCGAAAGAAGGGAAGAUGUCGAUUGUUUCACAUUGAAGGUAAGUUAAAUUUGGUCUUAAUUGUGCGUUAAUACCGUUUCGAGCAUUUGAGGUUACAAAUUUUUUAUUUUUGAAUUUCCUAAAAUACGAAUUGGGUCAGAGAGAAACACUUGUCCCAAAACAUUUUUUCUUCUUUGGAUCGAUUUUUUUGAAGAAAUUGUGAUGGGUUUGAGUGAUUAGCGUAAUAUUACCACAUUUUCAGCACAAUAUGCUGGAAGUCUGCACGAAUUCCGACCAAUAUCAGGUGAUCUUGGACAUUGUGAACAACUUGGUCCUCUUCGUCGACCCCAAAAAGAAGACCGCGCAAGAGAAACGGCGAAGGUUGUGGUUCAAAUUGGCUAAACUCACAAAGGCGGAGGUUGGCGACACGGUUCAGCACCUUCAAAACGAUCUCCGAGAAGUCGUCGCUCAUAUCCGAGCUCUGGAACGACAAAAUUUCUUCGCGCAACUUCAAUCUGGACAAGUGGCAGAUGCCAGGUGAGAAUUAAAAUUGUUUGGGGUUAGGGGGAGGGGCUGAAGUCCGUAUUUGGCAAAAAUAGGUGAUUUGUGAAUUGAGAGAAAGACUUGACCCAUUUGAUAAAAAAGUUUCGUUUUUAUGGAAAUUCUUGAUGGAUAUGGUAAAAUACGAAGUGUUUGUUUUGUUGGUCUUUUAAAAGCACGAUUUUAACUGUCGUAUUUUAGAAAUUUUAGAUUUUUUCUUGGGGGGAAGACUUGUCUCAAAAUUCGGAUGGCCAAAUUUUUACAUUAUCUUGAACUUGGGGUAAAAUACGGUUUUAUUUUUGACUAUUUAAACUUAAUUUCCAGUUUCCAACAAAUCAACGAAGAACGCCAGCGGCAGAUCGAGAAGUUCAAACAACAUCAGGUCACCCUCAUCGACGAAUUGGCCCUCACGAUCUCGGUUUGCAAAGAAAAGUCGGUCGAAGAACAAACCGCAUUCAAUCGACGACUGAAGGCUCAAAACGAAGAGGUCGAUGAGAAUCGGCGAUGGGAUAACCCGGAGGGAAGUGAGAUCGCCCGGCGGUUCGAGGUCUGCUUUGAAGAUUGUAUUUGGAGGCUGACCGAGGCUGAUGGACAGAUUUCAAUCACUGAAGUGCAGAUCAGAAACUUUUUGUAAGUGAUUUGAUGAAUUUUGGACGAGAGAAACAGUUGACUCAUAUAGUGAAUGUUUGGGUCAAGUGUUUCUCUUUGUAGAAAAAGGUGUUUUGAGUGGAUUUAGAGAGUUCCAAGUAAAAUGUGGUAUGAUAAUGUGAAAUACGUUUUUUUCUUUGAACUUUGGUGACUUAUUUUGGCAAAAGUUUGGAAAUGUCAUCUAAUUUUUUAGGUACAAUCGAACCGCCAGAAUCGACAACUCCGGCGAGCAUUUACUCGAAAUUGGCACUGUAAAAGUCCUUAAUUUACUUCCGAAUUCCAAAUAUCGAGAGACUUUGGCCCGUCUUCCCAAUCCCAAGUCGAAAUCGGAUAGUCAGGACAUUGAUAAAACGCCGGCGAUCCGCGUGAUUUGCCGAGAACUCCCUCCCGUCGGUGGAAUCAGCGUCAAAGAGCACUUCGAAGUGAACAUUGUGCCCAUGCAAGCGCAGAUCACCUACAGGUUCUUCGAGAAAAUGAUGGCCUUCUUUUUCCCCGGAAGACAAAUUGAUAAAGAAGACCAAAAUUUGGAUGUGGAAGAGACAAAUCAUCCGCAACAGGUGAGCGUUCAACGGAUUAGAGGGUAAUUUUGUGAUUUUUAUGCGAUUCGGGGUGAUUUUUACCGAGGGAAACAGUUGACCCAAAAUUGGGAGUUUGGGUCAAGUGUUUCUCUCAGUGGAAAAGUGAUAAAAUAAGGUGGAAAUUAUGUAGAAUAGAGGUAAUAGAGUCAUUUUUGUACUAAUAUUGCUGUCAACACGGUAAUUUGAACUGUUAAUUAGUAGAAAUUUGUUAAAUUUCCCUCGAUUUUCAGAGUUUCUCACUGGCCAAGCGCUUCCGUGGCGCUGUAAACAGCUCGUUCCGAGCAUCUCGCCUAAAUCUGGCAUCCUCGACCGGCUCGGACCAACAGAAAGGACAGAAUGGCGAUGAGAUCGACAAGAUGAAAGAACGGGCGGAGAAAAACAACAUGUUCGUGUAUAUCAUCAUCCCUCCCGUCCCCUUCAUCGUCUCCUACAAAGGAAACAAAGAAAAGAACAUCGAAGACAUUGACCGAUUCAAUCUGACGUUCCCACUCUGCGAAUAUCACAACAAAAAUUGGACCUGGCUGGACCUGUCCUUGGCCAUCAAAAAGAGCUAUCGGAACAUUUUGGUCCAGCAAUUCAUGAAGCAGAAAAUCCUCAGGAAAUCACUACAGACCCAACCGGAACCCGUGGACGAGGAAGAGAAGAAACGAAUCGUUUUGGGCACCACUGACGCGAUCAAUAUCAAAAAGAAGCAUAAAAAGUAA